CACGUUGAGUCCGCCACCAUGUCGUCCAAAAAGAAGCAGAUCAACGAUGAGCGCUUUCUCCGGGUGCAGAAGGACCCCAGAUUCUGGGAAAUGCCCGAAAAAGAGCGCAAGAUCAAGAUCGACAAGCGUUUCCAGUCCAUGUUCCACGACAAGCGUUUCAAGGUGAAGUACACGGUGGACAAACGCGGACGCCCCGUCAACCAGACCUCCACCGAGGACCUGAAGCGCUUCUACAACGUCUCCGACUCCGAGGACGACGAAGACGAAGGUGAGGAGGACGUGAGGAGCAAGAAGGCGGCAGAGGGCAAGAAGAAGAAAAACGAGAAGAAGAGCGACGGAGAGGUGAAGAGAGGAAAAGGCGGGAAAGGAGAGCCGCCUGAACGAGGCGUCAGAGUCUUCGAAGAAGACGAUGAAGAUGAGCAGCAAACUUUAGAGGAGGAGGAUGUCGACCUCGGAGACGACGUCACAGAUGGCAGCGAGGAGGAGGAGGAGGAGGAUGAUGAUGAUGAUGAUGAUGAUGAUGCAGAGGAGGAGAGCGAUGUGAGCGGAUCAGACGAGGAGGAGUCUGGUCUGGACUCGGAGGAGGACAGCGACAGCGGUCCAGAUCUGGCCAGAGGGAAGGGAAACAUCGAGACCAGCUCGGACGAAGACGACGAUGACGACGAUGUGGACGCCAUCCUGAGGAAGGAGGAAGAGGAGAUCGAGCACGACUGGGGGGAGCUGGCCAAAGACGCUCCACGAAGCGACGAGGUUUCUGCCCGACUGGCCGUCUGUAACAUGGACUGGGACCGGAUGAAAGCCAGAGACCUGCUGGCUCUGUUCAGCUCCUUCGUCCCUAAAGGAGGAGCUGUGCUGUCAGUCAAGAUCUACCCGUCGGAUUUUGGGAAGCAGAGGCUGAAGGCGGAGGAGACUCAGGGACCGCUGGAGCUGCGAGCUCUGCCCGACGACUCGGAGGACGACACCGAGGAGGACAGGUAACACGCAACUUCUGCUACUGCAGUAAAAGUAGUGAUACUACAGUGUGGAGAAGUAAAAGUACUGCAUUUGAAAGUAUUAACAAGAGUCUAACUUUUCAGGACUGAUACCAAAUAUUAGUUUCUAAUGAGACCGAUGAUUGAUGUUAGGGACCGAUGACUGAUUUUAGGGACCGAUGAUUGAUUUUAGGGACCGAUGACUGAUUUUAGGGACCGAUGACUGAUGUUAGGGACCGAUGAUUGAUGUUAGGGACCGAUGAUUGAUGUUAGGGACCGAUGACUGAUUUUAGGGACCGAUGAUUGAUUUUAGGGACCGAUGACUGAUUUUAGGGACCGAUGACUGAUGUUAGGGACCGAUGAUUGAUGUUAGGGACCGAUGAUUGAUGUUAGGGACCGAUGAUUGAUUUUAGGGACCGAUGAUUGAUUUUAGGGACCGAUGUGCAUUUACAAAACUCGAUGAAUGUUUUUCCAAAUUUAUAAUUCGGAAAAAAAAAUUCCAACACAAA